AUGGCCGUCAACGCGUUCGGCGUUGUCCAUCGCACCGCCAAGAACGAGAAGGAAGACAAGGAGCAGAUAUUCCACAACAUCCAAAACGAGUCGUGGAAAGACUGGCCCAACCACGCCGGGUUCGAGGGCCUCGAGGAGCAUCGGGGACCACUCCAGCUGAGCAUCAAAGGCACCAUCCCCGCAUGGGCGGCCGGCUCGCUCUAUCGAACAGGCCCCGGCCAGAGCAGCGUCGAGGACACGUCCAGAGGGACUCACUAUGUCUCACACUGGUUUGACGGCUUCGCCCACACCCACAAGUUCGACAUCAUUGCUCCCCACGGCGGUGAUGGGGAAACGACCGUUGUUUACUCGUCCCGGCGGCAGUCUGAGGAUCACGUCGCACAGGUCAAGAAAGCGGGCUGGCGCUCCAGCACCUCGUUUGGACAGAGAGCCGAUCCCUGCGUGGGCAUCUUUUCAAAGUUCAUGAGCCUCUUUGUCCCGCGGCGUUUAAACAACAACGUCGCUUGCCUGCCCAACUUUCCCGGCCUGCCGGCAAACGGGCCCGCCGACACCAAGAGCGGCCACCGGACAGGAGAGAUUGACCCGGACACCCUCGAGCCGCUAGGUUUUGCGAAUCAACAGCGCCUCCAUCCCGACCUCCAGGGGGUGCUUUCUUGCGCCCACGCCCAACAAGACGCCGAGACCGGAGAUUGGUUCAACUUCAACUUGGCUCUGGGCCGGCUUGCGACGUACCGCGUCUUCCGCGUCAACGCGGCGACGGGGACAACGGACGUCUUGGCCACCAUAUCGGACCCCGACCUGGCACCCGCGUACAUCCACAGCUUCUUCUUGACAGAAAAUUACGUGGUCCUGUGCAUUCCAUCCAGCCACUUCGGGUGGAAUGGGGUCAAGAUUCUGUGGGAAAGAAAUCUCGUCGACGCUAUUAAGCCGUUUGACAGAGACCGACGGUGCCAAUGGGUCGUCGUGGAUCGCAAGCACGGCCGCGGUGUUAUGGCGCGCUUCUCCACGCCCGCCGCCUUCUUCUUCCAUUCCGUCAAUGCCUUUGAGGAGCACGUCAAGGACGAGAGCGACGAGAAGUGGACGGACCUAUGCCUGGACCACACCAUGUACGACAAUGCCGACAUCAUGUUUGGGCUCUACUACGACGUGAUCCUGGAUCGCAACGAGGCCAUGAGGGCAUAUUGCGACGGCGGCGGCCACAAGAGGUCACACAGCCGCCAUGUGCGAUAUAGAUUCAGAAUGCCUGUUGCGGAGCAGACGCGCGAGGAGGCGCGGUCGGCCACAGCCGAGGAAGUGUUUUCGAUUGCCAGCCCGCACUCGGGAGAGUUGUCCAACAUCCACCCCGAGCGGAUGGGACGGCCGUAUCGAUACGUGUACGGGACGAGCAACCGCGGCCUCAGUACCUUCAUGGACUCGAUUGUCAAGACGGACCUGGAGACGCGCGAGGCGGUGCUGUGGAGUGGCUCGCACGCGCACACGCCGGGCGAGCCCGUCUUUGUGCCACGGCCCGGUGCAACAGACGAGGACGACGGCGUGGUCUUGAGCGUGGUGCUCGACGGCACGGCGCAGAAGUCGUAUCUGCUGUGUCUGGACGCGAGGACGAUGGAGGAAACGGGGCGAGCCGAGGCUGAUUUCCCGAUAGCCCUGGGGUUCCAUGGCUUCCACGCGCCCGCACGCGCUUGA